CUAUUUUUCCUUUUUCGGUACUCCUUGUGUGUGACUUGACGGCAGAGCCAAUAAAGUGACGCUGCAGGAUAAACAAACGGAAAAGAAGCAGCUCGGACGGAGGCAGAGGGAGGGGGUCCUGUUCCCUAACAUUUCUCUUAAAGUAUUUAGGAUAAUGCAGUCUUCCAAGAGGAGUGAGGGCGACUGGCAGGGGCUCGUUAGCGAGUUUCUGGUGUGUAAGCGCAAGCUGGAGAGCAAGAAAGAGGCCCUCCUCAUUCUGUCCAAGGAGUUGGACACCUGUCAACAGGAAAGAGACCAGUACAAGCUGAUGGCUAACCAGCUGAGGGAGCGCCACCAGGGACUCAAGAAGAAGUACAGGGAACUUAUAGAUGGGGACACGUCUUUGCCUCCAGAAAAACGCAAUCAAGUGAACUUAGCUCAGCUGUUGAGAGACUCGAGGGAUCGGGCGAAAAAGCUCGCUGAGGAGGUGAAGGAGCUGAAUCAGAGGCUGGGAGAGGCCCAGGGGGAUAACAAGCUCCUGAGGAUGACCAUUACUCGACAGAGGCUAGGGGACGAGGAAGUGGGCGCACGCCAUUUUCCCGCUCAUGAGCGUGAGGAUCUUGUCCGCCAGCUGGAGAGAGCAGGGCUACAGAUGGAGGAGAUGGAGCACAACAUGAAGGCUCUGACCGAUGAGCUGCAGGACGUUAAAGCAGAGCGGAACGUUUUCAGGGAGAAGGCGUACAGACUCAACGUGGAGCUCAACCACAUCUUGGGCAACCGUGAGGCACGCAUCAUUGACGUCGAUGCCCUCUGCAUGGAGAACAGGUAUUUGCAUGACCGUUUCAGCCAACUACAAGAGGAGGUGAACCUGCUGAAAUCCAACAUCAUGAAGUACAAGACGGCUCUUGAGAGGAGGAAAAACUCCACAUAUGGGAAAUCAAACAACAGCCCUCUCUCUGGAGUCCUCUCAGCCAAACAAGUCCAGGAGAUGCUUCUGGAAGAGCAAGGCUGCAACCUGCCAGCCACUCCUCAGUCCAUCUCUGACCUCAAGUCGCUGGCUACGGCUCUGCUGGAGACCAUUCACGAGAAGAACCUGGUCAUCCAGCACCAGAGGCACACAAACAGGAUCCUCGGAAACAGAGUUGCAGAUUUGGAAAGGAAGCUGAAGACGUUGGAGGUUUCAGGACUGUGGAGUCUUCCAGGCUUGACCUACCGCAUAUCCGUGGGAAUUGGGAGGACACGAGAAAACAUCACACCGAAUGACAACCUUCAGCCGGAGCUUCAUCCAACCCGUGUCACAUCUCAGCCCACAUUGCAGCCACCCAAAGGAGUGUCAGACGACAGAAGUUUCCAUGAAUCAUUGUGGGAACGCCACACCGCUGGCAGCAACCUUGGCACAGAUGGCGUCAGCGGGGAAGACUCACCUGCACUCCUCAACAGCCUGGAGCCCCUCUUGAGUGUGGAGACGAAUGGGAUCGACAGCAGAGUCGGAGAAAUCGUGACCCUGACGGAAAAUCAAGACACCUUGGAGCUUGAGGAAGGGCGGAGUCCCGUGGAGGAGGCGGGUCGUGAGGUAGAGGGAGUUGAAGACGAGGAACUGGGUUCGGCGGUGGAGGAAGGAGAGGAGGCAGCUUUGGCGCUGGGUGUCCAGAACACUGAAUCAGACUUUCCGUGGCUUCAAAUUAAAAAAGGUUGUGUUGAUCAUCCUGAGGUGUGUCAACAGCCCUGUGAGUCCCAGGACAGUAAUGCACCUGAACAUGUAGAAACGCCAAUAUCAAACCCAGAGACCCAGGCCGCAGAGGUGUUGAGUACAGGGGAGUGGGACAUUCAGUGAGACCACCUGGCAUGGACUCACAUCACUAAAAGACUUCACUUAUUUAAAUCCAUCUCCUGGUUGUUGUUUUUUUGUUUUAUUGAUAACUGCAUUAAUCACCCCUUGUUGCAUUCUCACAAUGCAGCUGCAGCCGCUCUGUUUUAGUCAAUGAAACACUUUUUCAGCCAUCGUUCACAGAGCCAGAGGUGCACUUUUUUUUUAUCCAGGGAAAGGUUUUUCUGCAACAGCCAAUCUUGAAGUCAAUGGAGUUGCAAACCUCAUUCCCUGAAGGUAAAAUUUAGCUCGGAAAAUAAUAAAUAUGGCAGCUUCAACUUCCUCUCCCCUGCGAUAAGAGAAUCCCAACUGUUUGCUCUCUUCUUCUUCCUGAGGGAUGCCAAAAAAAACUCAGUGCUGUAUUUUUAUUAUGACUCCCACAGGAGGUUCAGUAUGACUCCCCAAAAUCUGUAAUGAAUGUGUUGUACAUGUGUGUAAAUUCUUAUGACCAACAUCAGAGAGUGUAUUGAUGUCUAUUUUUCUGUGAGGGUGAAUCUUACAUGUUGGAUCCUUAUUUUUGUUGUUCUUAUUUAGAAGUGGAUGUUUGAAUGAGACUACAUGUGCCUUAUAUGUGGAAGUGUCAACUGAUAUUUAUAAAUAUAACUUCAUAAACCUGCAAUAUGA